UUCUGGAAAAAAUCGAAGCCUUCCCUUCCUUCCAUCUUUCGCUCCUUCAAAGGAGGCUUUUCCUUCCAUCGUUUCAGCAGCGCCUGAAGGAGCCUCAGUCCAAACGAACUCCAUCAUUUUUUCCUUAGGCGACUCAAACAUUGAAGCUUUCGCAUCCUCUUAACUACAACACCGAAGAACCCUUAAUAUUUUCUUUCAAAGAUGCAGCAUGACGAGGUUAUAUGGCAAGUUAUCAGGCACAACCAUUGCAGUUACAUGGCCAAAAUUGCGACGGGGAUUUUUUGUAGAAACCCUUAUAACGUCACUGGGGUUUGUAACCGAAGCUCUUGCCCUUUAGCUAAUAGUCGCUAUGCCACCAUUCGUGACGACAACGGAGUGUUUUACCUUUACAUGAAAACUAUAGAAAGAGCUCAUAUGCCCAAGAAUUUGUGGGAAAGAGUUAAGCUGCCUAGGAAUUACGAGAAGGCGCUUGAAGUCAUCGAUAAACAUCUGAUGUACUGGCCCAAGCUUCUUAUACACAAAACAAAGCAACGUUUGACCAAAAUGACCCAGAUGCGGAUACGCAUGAGGAAACUUGCUUUGAAGACAAGGGAGAAAAUAAUGACAACUCCAAGGAAAGAGAUAAAGAGAGAGGCUAGAAGAGAAGCGAAGGCCGAAAAAGCAGCUUUGUUAGAAAAGUCUAUUGAAAAAGAGCUAUUAGAACGCCUUCAAAAAGGAGUUUAUCAACAAAGUGACAUAUACAACUAUCCUCUUGAAGAGUACAAUAAAGUUCUUGAUAUGGAGAAACUUCAACUUGCUGAUGAAGAGGAUGAAGAGGAACCAGAGAUAGAAUAUGUAGAAGGUUAUGAUGAACUUGAAGAGGAAGAUGACAUAGAGGAUUUUGGUGGUUUAGCAAUUCAUGAGUCUCAGGGUGAUUAUGACGAUGAAAAUGCUGGAAGUACUGAAGAUGAAGAGGACGAAGCAGUUGAUCGGAGGAGAGAGAAGAGGAAAAUGACUUUAGCUUCAAAGAAACUUGAAAAGGAUGCCCUUGAUUCUAAAUCAAAGAAGAAGGCUAGGGUCCUUGUUGAGGUGGAGCGUGAUGAUGCUGAAGAAAGACAAGUGGUGGUACAGUAGUUAUAUUUCACGCUGGUGACUGAUAGGAGAGGAAAGCUGCUAUAGAAGCAACAGAAUUUUGAAUGCUGAGUCUUCUAAUUAGUUUGUGCCCCCAGGAAGGAAAAAAAAAAAAAUAGAACUGAAUUUUUUAUUUUUAUUUUUUUUAAUUUCAGUAUUUUAAAUUAUACAUUUUUUUUUCUAUUUAUUUCCCGCAUGUUUUGUAGAAAUUCAGGGUUGGCAAAUGCCAUAAAAUAUGGUCCAGGUCGGUUUGAUAGAUUCUGUUCAUCUGAUUCCUACAUUGAUGCAGCACUGUGACUCUGAUCA